UCGAAUGCAUACGAACCUCUUUAUAAAGUCGAGCACUUCGAAAGUUUUAACAUCGGAAAAGGUUCGACCGAAUUUCCAGAGUCAGUUCUUCACUACUUCGAAAGUUUGAACAUCGGCAAAGUUCAACAGAAUUUCCAGACCCCAUGGAUUUCUCGGCAGGUAAAAAUUUGUAUUUUAUUCAAUUAAUAGUUAAAUAUAAAUUGAAAUACAAUGUUUAUGUAAUUAUCCAGUAGGCAAUGAUAUUGAUAUAAACUUAGAACUAAUCAUUCUGAGUACAAAAAUCAUCAUACUUAUCUGGUCAUUAUGUAAUCUGGUACGAUACUUUAUCUAAAUUGUAAAUAUUCAUUACAUUUAUAUUACAGUGCAAGACCGAGUUAAGCUCAUCUGUUUCUAGUGUAUAGACAGCUUGGUGAUUAUUUCUGAUGAUGAGAUUCCCGAAACAACCACUCAGGACCUUUUGAAUCUGAGUUCCACACAAUUUGAGGGAAACGUGUCUAACAGUGAUUACGACGGAGAUAUUUCAGAUACGAGUGCUACAAUAGAAGACCAAGAGGAAAUCAUCUCGGAAACCGACAUUCAACAAGACAUCGAACUACAACAGAUCUGCGCAGUGUGGCGUGAAUUCUUCGAAGCAAAGACUGAUUUAUUGGAAAACUUUGGACAGAUUGAUUAUACACUUGAAUCUGGUCGAGGUACAGAUUUUAUCCCAUUACUGUACAGCACGCUUGAAAAUGUGAAUAGAUGUCUCUCAGUGAGCAUAAAGUUGAUUAGAAAAUUGUAUGAUAGAUAUGGCGCAGAAACGACUGAAAUGCAGUUCGGAUAUGGAGAUUAAAAAAAAGAGAACCGAAAAUUCUCCAUUAUCGCAUGAUUUCUUUUAUGACGGAAACCAGAGUUUUUCAAAUGAUUCGCACACACCCCUGAACCCAUAUUUAACUGAAGCGAUCAACAGGCUGAACGAAAGUUUAAUACCGUCACACCAAGUCGUUAGUGAGAGACCUAAUCAGAGUCCAAAUCACGUCGUAUCAAACACAACGGUAACGCCGAUUGAUAUAUUUUCUGAAUUAAAUCAAUGUCUGUUAGAGUUACAUAAUAACCUAAAUGAACACGGUCAUUCAGUACAAAUAAACCCUGAUCUAAUCGAUGCAGUCAAUCAGUUGAAUGAAAAUUUAAGAUCGUCAGAACAGAACAAUACUCAAAAUGAAAACCCCAGACGAAUUUCCAGUCAAACUGUAUCAAGUACGCCGGUCACGUCGCACGACAUAUUUUUCGAAUUAAAUCAAUGUCUGUUAGAGUUACAAAAUAACCUAAUCGAACAAAGAGAAUCUUUGCAGAUAAAUCCAUGUUUAAUAGACGUGGUGAAUCAAAUCAAUGAAAAUAUGUCAUUACCUCCCGUUCAGAAUAUCGUCUCGACUCCAGAAAACGCUCAGGAACCUAGUCCGUCAUCUUCUCAUGAUAUGAUACACGAACUUAAUCAAAGUCUUAUGAGGAUAAAUGACGGUCUUGUUAACUUAAUCGAAAACCCUGACAAUAUUGCACAAAAUUCGGAAAACGAUAAUGACCGCAACCGCCCAAUGGAAAACAUACACUCACCUAAUACCCAAGAUUCUCAAAUGGAAAACACACAUUCGCCCGAUACCCAAGAUUCUCAGAUGGAAAACUCGCCCGAUAUCCAAGUAGAGCAAGAGGGUGAUGGAUUAGAUCCUAAUAUUAGAAUAAUUAAUAGGGAAAGAUUCAACAACACUGAGAUUAGGAGAAGAGUGAAUUUUUCUUCUAUCGCGAACGUUGACAGCUUUGCAGAUUUUUAUAAUUAUGUUUUAGAGAUUUUAAACAGCGCGAUUGAAAUCGCUAACAAUUUAAUUUCUGCCAAGGAUGUAGUCACCGUUGAAAUUAGAGGUGAUACGAUCAAUGUUUCAUCACGCGUUCAAUUAGACAAUGGUGUCAUCGAUUUAGGUUCUUUUCUAACCAUGCUCGAAAAUGCAAUUCAGAGUAAACGUGAAAUUUUUACCGAUAAUACCCUUGAAAUAGUCGUCCAAAUCGUUCGACCACCUCGGGGUGGUGGAAUUAGAAGGAAAAUAGGCCAUAUAUUCAAAUCAGAAACCCUGCAGAAGAAAAUGCAGCAUCUAUACAUUUUUCACAACAGAGACAACAUGUGCUUCGCCUUGUGUGUUAGCCAACUUUUGAAUCGUGAAAAAAAUGAUUUUGAAACCGAACAAAUCGCUAGAAAAUUACAACACGAUGUGGGAUUAUCCGUAAACACCGCGGUCAGCUUCGCUGACGUACCGAGAUUUGAGAGACAUUUGAAUUGCAAAAUCGUAAUCGUACACUGUUCUGCUAGCAAAGCCGGAUACUCUUUCUUUCAAACUAGCAAGACUCCCCACGAAAAAACCAUUUACUUGUUUUUACAUGACAACCACUAUUACGGGGUUAAAAGUAUCAACGGACUUUUAGGAACGAGUCAUGUUUGUCAUUUCUGCCAUUCGGGGUUUGACGUUUUAUGGAAGCAUAAAUGCGCUUAUAGCUGCAACGUUUGUCACGACCCCGAUUGUUACAAACACCCUAAGAAUGUUACUAAAUGUCCAGAGUGUCAGAGACUGUGUAGCUCCCAAUACUGUUUCGAGAGGCAUAAAGCAAAGAUUCAAUCGCACAAAGGCGAAUAUUCUAUGUGUGAAACGGGAUUCUACUGCGGUAAAUGUAAACGUGUGAUAAGGGAUAAACCUUCUAAUCGAGAGAAUCACGUAUGUGCCCAUUCGAAAUGCAUACUCUGUGGCCAAAAACUCGAUGAGGAUAUCGAGCAUAGAUGUUUUAUACAGAGGGCCAGGAAAGAAAGCGAAAAUACGGAUUAUGUGUUUUACGAUUUCGAGACUAGGCAGGAAACAGGAACACAUGUAGCUAAUUUCAUAUGCUGUAUUGAUUUUAAGGGUGAGGAGUGGGUGGCUGAAGGGGAUGAUUGCGUCAGUGCCUUCUUUAAAAAGUUUUGGUGUAAUGCAUACCACGGAUACAAGUUUAUAGCCCAUAACGCUAGAGGGUUCGAUUCAUACCUUCUGUUAAACCAUUUAGUGAAAGAAGGAAUCACACCCGAAAUCAUAGCACAAGGCGGUAAAAUUUUGUGUUUCAUCGAUACCGCGUUUCGUCAGUCCUACAUUGAUAGUCUAUCGUUCUUACCCAUGAAAUUGAGUAGCAUCCCAAAAGCCAUGGGUUUUUCGGAAAGCAUGAAAGGCUAUUUUCCCCAUUUCUGGAACACCGUAGAACAUCAGGAUUACGUAGGGCCGUAUCCUGACCCUAAGUUUUACGGUGUAGAUGGCAUGAUGCCUAAGGAUAGAGAAGAAUUCUUUAAGUGGUACAGAACGGUUUCUGACAAAGUGUUUGAUUUCAAGAAAGAGAUGGCGGAAUACUGUGUGAACGAUGUAGAAAUUUUGAGAAAGGGUUGUAUAGCUUUCAGACAAGAAAUUCUGGAUAGUACAAAGGUCGAUCCUUUUAAAUGCAUAACGAUCGCAUCAGUGUGCAUGAAAAUCUUUAGAACCAACUUCCUGCGUAAAGACACUUUAGCUAUUCCGCCUCUUGAUAAUUACAUCACCACUCAGAAAUCUUUCUCAACACCUUCCAUACAAUGGCUCGAAUAUGUUUCAAAAACGCAAAACCUACCCAUUCGCCACGCGUUGAACGAAGGUGAAGUCAGGUUCGGUAACUAUUACGUAGAUGGUUACUGUGAGGAAGGGGAAAACCGUAAGGUUUUUGAGUUUCUUGGGUGUUUUUAUCACGGCUGUGAAAAGUGUUUUCCCUCAAUGACCCCGCAUCCUCUUACCAAAUCAAACGCAACCUUCGGAGAUAUCCGUCAAAAAUCGAUGGAGAGAAUUAAGAAUUUGCAAGACACUCUCAAUUUGCAAGUCACUCUGAUGUGGGAACACGAGUGGAAUGAAAUGAAGAAAAACGACAAUCUCGUGCAAAAUUUUCUAAAAGACUUUGACUUUCCUGAGCGUUUAAACCCUCGAGAUGCUCUUUACGGCGGUCGAACAAACGCGUUAAACUUGCAUUAUGUAGCUCAACCCGGUGAGAGAAUCGAUUAUUUCGACUUUACCUCGCUUUACCCAUUCGUAAAUAAGACAAAGACAUACCCGAUCGAUCACCCUAUCAUCAUUUAUCGUGACUUUCAACCUCUGAAAAAUUACUUCGGUAUCAUUAGAGCAAAGGUAUUACCACCUAGGGGUCCGUGGGCACCUGUUCUACCAUUUCGUGUAAAAAGCAAACUCCUCUUUCCUCUAUGUAGAACGUGUGCUGAACAUGAGUUAAAACAUUGUGAUCAUACGGCUCAGGAGAGAGCUCUUAUCGGAACAUGGGCAUCUAUCGAAAUUGAGAAAGCCGUCGAAAAAGGUUACAAAAUUCUAAAAGUGUUUGAAGUGUGGCACUUUCCUAAAAGGUCUGAUAAGCUUUUUACGAGAUAUAUUAUAAUGUUCCUCAAGACCAAACAGGAAAGUUCAGGUUAUCCGUCCUGGGUCGUUGAUGAAUAGGCACACCUCUAAGAUUUAUUAGUUGGAAUGUCAGAGGUAUGGGUAAUCCUGUCAAGAGUUCUAAGGUUUUUACACAUUUGAAACGUUUAAACUAUGAUAUAGUAUUUUUACAGGAGAGUCACUUACGUAUUAAAGAUCAUCAUAGGUUACACUGCCCUUGGGUGAGUCAAGUCUUCCACUCAAACUUUAAUUUGAAGGCAAGAGGUGUCGCUAUUUUAAUUGUCAAAAGGUCACAGUUUUCAUCCACUAACGUUAUUGCUGAUGUGAAUGGUAGAUAUAUUAUAGUUGCUGGUACCCUAAUAAAAAAACAGGUUUUGUUGGCAAAUGUAUACGUUCCAAACUUUGAUGAUGUGGUGUUUGCUAAUAGAUUGUUGAGCAACCUCCACUUUUUAAAUACUCACCUGUGGAUUUUCAGUGGAGAUUUAAAUUGUGUUUUUGACCCAAACUUGGAUCUGUCUAAUCACCGUACUCUGAAUCAAUCUGCUAUGUCUAAAACAUUUUCUGAUUUUAUGUGUCAGAACAGUGUUGUUGAUCCAUGGAGAUCCUGUAACCCCUCUCUUAAAAAGUUUUCUUUCUUCUCUCAGGUGCAUCAUUCCCAUUCGAGGAUUGAUUAUUUUUUCUUGUAUCCCUGAAAAAAAAAUCUUAAUUCUUGUGUAGUUUCUUCUGUCUAUUUGGGUAUUGUAAUUUCUGACCAUAUGUCUCUACAAUUAGAUAUUCAUCUUUCUUUAUAAACAUAGCCCACCGCCUUGGAGAUUUAAUUCUCUUCUUUUGGCAGACAGUGAAUUCUGCAAGUUCAUUUCACCUUCUAUUGAUGACUUUCUUUUCUUCAAUCGGAAUGACUCCACCUCUUAUUCAUUGUUAUGGGAGACACUUAAAUCCUAUAUCAGGGGGCAGAUUAUUUCUUACUCCACUCUCUCUUAUAAAAGGCGCACUGCUAGGCUUAAUGAACUCAUAUCUGCGAUCAGUAACCUCGAUCAAAGAAAUGCAUUGAACCCUUCUCCAGAACUUCUUAAACAGCGUCUCAACUUACAGGCAGAAUUGAAUCUUAUUUCGACUAAAGAGGAACAACGUUUGUUGUUAGGUACUCGUGGUUCAUACUAUGAACAUGGUGACAAGCCGAGUCGUUUACUGGCAAAUCAGCUAUGGCGUCAGGCCACUUCCUGUCUCAUACCUAGUAUUAAAAACACUUAUAAUAUUGUCACUACAGAUCCCAUGGAAAUUAAUACUUUUAAAUCAUUUUACUCUUCUCUUUAUAAAUCCGAAUUUCCUGCAGACAAUACAAAAGUGAAUGCAUUUCUUCAAAACCUUUGUAACCCUGUUAUUGAUUCUAAUACUACCAAGCAACUGGACUCCCCACACUAUUUUAAAUUUUAAAUUUAGUUAAAACUAUGCACUCUAACCAAGCCCCUGGUCCGGACGGGUUUCCAAUUGGAUUUUUAAAAACGUUUAUUGGAAAAUGAGCUCCAUUGCUUUUAUCUGUGUUCAACAAAUCCUUGGAAUGUGGGUCUUUGCCUCCAACUCUGACACAAGCCACUAUAGCUUGUGCCCUUCUUAAGGAGGGUAAGGAUCCAACCUUCUGUGGUUCUUAUAGACCAUUGUCUCUGCUUAAUGCAGAUGUAAAGGUGUGGGCAAAAGUAUUUGCAUCUCACUUAGAGAACGUGCUCCCUUAUAUUAUAUCUGAAGAGCAAAAUGCUUUUAUAAAGGGAUGAGUUGAGGGGUCAGUUGUUUUUCAAUACCCAUAUUUUAUUUAUAAUUUAUUCAAAGCAUUCAGCUGAGCUUCCUGAGAUCGUCAUUUCUUUAGAUGCCGAAAAAGCAUUUGACAGGGUUGAGUGGGACUAUUUGUUUGCAGUUUUGAGGAAGUUCAGAUUCGGGGAUAAAUUUAUUACUUGGAUUUGCCUCCUUUACUCAUCCCCUAAAGCCAGGGUUCAGACGAAUGAUAUUUAUUCUGAUUAUUUUGCUCUUGGAUGAGGGUGUCGCCAAGGCUGUCCUUUAUCCCCUGAUUUUUGCUGUCGCUAUCGAGCCUCUGUCUAUCGUAUUAAGAUCUUCCCACUUGUUUAGGAAUAGUCCGAUACAGUGUCGAAUACAAAUUGUCGCUAUAUGCUGAUGAUUUGUUAUUGUAUGUAACCGAUCCUAUUGCCUCUAUGCCUGCUGUCUUAGGUGUUCUGAAAACCUUCAGUUUUGUCUCAGGUUAUAAAUUAAAUUUGGAGAAAAGCGACUGUUUUCCUGUCAAUACUACAGCAUUUUCUCUCCAACAGUCAGAUCUACCUUUUCGAUUUAGUCAGUCGGGGUUUAAAUACCUAGGUAUCAACGUGACACAUUCUUUAUCUAAUCUUGUAUCAGCUAAUUUCACUCCCCUUAUUUCAAAGGUUAAAUCCAACAAUCCAACAAGUUGGGGUAACCGCCCCCUUAUUCUAAUUGGCAGAAUCAAUGUUGUUAAAAUGAGUAUAUUACCGAAGUUUCUUUUCUUGUUCCAGCAAGUUCCUCUUUUUCUGCCAAAACAAUUAUUCGAUUCAUUGGAUAAAAUAAUUUGUUCUUUUAUUUGGGGUGGGAAGCCUCCAAGGGUUCGUAAAACAUACUGCAGAAUGGAGACUUAGUGGAGGACUUGCAUUACCCAAUUUUCUAUUCUAUUACAGGGCUGCGCACAUCCAUAAACUCUGCUACUGGGUUAAAUCUCCUGGAUCUUCUUGGUGUAAAUUAGAAUCAUAUUGUAGGGAAUCCUCUAUACCUGCUUUAUUUUAUUCCUCUCUACCUACAAAACUCUAUAACUUGAUAGAGUUGAUAAUCAAGUUGUCCUUAACACACUUAAGAUUUGGUAUCAAUUUAGUGCUUUAAAUUUGUAGGUGCAUCCUCUUUGGGUCCUUUAAGCAACAGCCACUUAUUUCCUCCAUCGUGUGUAGACUCUACAUUUGGUACAUACAGUAGAUAGAGUACAUAGAUUUACAUGGAUACGUCUGUGUGUGUGUGUGUGUGUGUGUGUGUGUGUGUGUGUGUGUGUGUGUGUGUAACAAUUAACCAACAUUGAAGGGUGCAACACACUCACAUCUCAACACACUUGCAGUUUUUGCAGGAACUGCAUUAUGUGGUUACUAUUAUUAUUAUUUUUCUGCCAAAAUAUUUGUCUGCUAUCUAGUCCCGCAGUUUUCAAGAUAUCGAAAUGGUGCCAAUGCCAAAUUUUUCAAUGUGGUUGGGAAAGGUAAGCAUGUAUACAGUGUUUUGAUGGGUUGUGCAGUUACUUGCAUGGCGGCAUUUGAAAUGCAUUUAGAACAUUUAGCCCUGCCAAAUAAAAUUUCCUUUAAUUUGAUUAAUAUGCAAACCCAUCGUUUGCAAACUAUUCCUAGGAUUUUUUCCGAACUAUGGUGUCACAUUACUCAAGUCAAGUCAAAUUUCAUUUAUAAAGCACAUUUAGAGACAACAGUAGUUGAUCCAAAGUGCUGUAUAAAGAAUAAUAUCAAAUUACAUUAAAUAACAUCAUAAGACAAAGAAUAAAAAGAAUUUUAAGAGAAGAUUUAAAAGUAGCGAAAGAUGGAACAGACCUCAAAUGAAAGGGGAGACUUCUCCAGAGUUUGAGACCAACCACAGAAAAGGCUCGAUCACCCUUUGUCUUAAUACAACAACAGGGUACAGAUAGAAGAAGUUUGAUUACAGGAUCUUAGUUUUCUGGUAGGAGAGUAAGGGUAAAGGAGAUCAGUAAUGUACUGUGGAUCAAGACCAGAAAGAGCUUUGUAUACAUAAAUAAGAAUUUUAAAAUCAAUUCUAAAAUUGACAGGAAGUCAAUGAGGAGAUGCCAAAACAGGGGAGAUGUGAUCCCUCUCUCUUUUUUUUUAUUAUCCCUAUUUAAAAUCUAGUUGCUGCAUUUUUCACAAGCUGCAGGUGAGCCAGUUCACUCUGUAAACAGUAAGGCCAAGAAACUUGAAACUUUGAGGGAUGGUAGAAUUCCCCUGGUCUACAACGGCACAAAGAGUCUUCUCAAUGGAUACUUUACUUUACUCUUACUCAAGUAAUUAUUCAUAUUAAUUACUCAAGUAACAGACAAAGUAAUAUUAUAUAACUAAUUAUAAGUAGUUUUACUUGUACUUGAGUAAAACCUUUGGCUACUCUAUCCACUUCUAAACAUACACACUGCCUGGCAAAAAAAAAGAUCGCUGUAUGGAUUUAAAUGAACAAAUACUUAAGAGUCUAUGAUUGGAUGAUUAUUGCAAUGAUUAAUGUGUUUCAGCUGGCAACAAUUCUUUUAACCCUAACCGAUGCAGUGUGUAGCUUCUCAUUUCUUAAACAACCAUGUCAAAAGACAUCCCAUUGUCGUGGAAAAGAGGUUACAGUGUUUCAGAAGGGGCAAAUUAUUGGCCGUCAUCAUGCAAAGUUAACAACUAAGGAGAUUGCUGAAAUCCCUAGAAUUGGGUUAAGAACUGUCCACCACAUUAUUAAAAACCUGGAAGGAGAGUGGUGAACUGUCAACUUUGAAGAAAAAAUGUGGUCGGAAAAAUUAAUAUUCAAAAUCUUGAAUGAUCAUGACCGGAGAUCUUUAAAACGUUUGGUGAAAUCACAUCAUACAUCAGUAGAACUCAUGGCUAUGUUUAAUAGUGAAAGCUCCAUCAAACCCCAUCAAAUGAUUCAGAAUGCAGCAGUACGCCUCGUCUUCAACCAGCCCAAGAGAACCCAUGUCACAUCCCUCUUCAUCUCCCUCCACUGGCUUCCUGUAGCUGCCUGCAUCAAAUUCAAAGCCUUAAUGCUCACCUAUAAGAAGACCUUGUCUGGAACAGCACCCUCCUACCUCAACUCUACCUCCUACCUCAAGGCUUAUGUUCCCUAACAUAAUCUGUGAUCAAUCAACGACUGACGCUUAGUAGUACCUACUCAGCGUGGCUCAAGGUCCCUUUCAAGAACCUUCAAACUAACUGUUCCUCAGUGGUGGAAUGAACUUCCAACCUCAAUCCAGAUCACAGAAUCUGUCAACAUCUUCAAGAAACAGCUAAAGACCCACCUCUUCCGUGAACACCUAACCAACCCCUAAAAUAAAAAAAAAUAAAAAAAAUAAAAAAAAAACUUACUCUGGCACCUACACCUCUACUCUGUGCAAUUUGCUUCUUCUGGAACUCAAUUAAUGGAUCUUGUAUGGUAGCACUACUUGUAUUGUUCUCUGCUUGAUAUCGCUUUGCUUGUAUUUUCUCAUUUGUAAGUCGCUUUGGAUAAAAGCGUCUGCUAAAUGAAUAAAUGUAAAUGUAAAUGUAAGUAAGAGCAUUUCCACAUGCACAAUGUGAUGAGGACUAAACAGCUGUGUGGCCUAAUCAAUGUGAGGCGAAUCAGAAAAAAAACGACUUAAAUUUGCUAAGUAGCAUAAAGAUUUGACUGUGGCACAAGUGAAAAAGAUCAUUUGGUCUGAUGAGUCCAGAUUUAAAUAUUCCAAAGCAAUGGGUGCAUAAGGUUAAGAAGGUAAGAACAUGAAGUGAUGCACCCACCAUGCAUAGUGCCUACUGUAAAAGCCUCUGGAGGCAGUGUUAUGAUCUAGGAUUGCUUCAAUUGGUCAUGUCUAGGCUCAGCAAUAUUAUGCAGCAAUAAAAUAAAAUCAGCUGAGUACCUGAAUGUACUGAAUAACCAGGUUAUCUAUAAAUAUUUUUUUUUAUUCCCUGAUAGAACAGGCAUAUUCCAGCAUGACAGUGCCAAGCUUCACCAGGCUCAAAUUGUGGAAGAGUGGUUCAGGGAGAAUGAGGAAUCAUUUUCACACAUGAAUUGGCCACCACAGAUUCCUGACCUUAAU